GUCCGCGUGGUGAGCAGCCGCGUCGCGUCUGUUGCAUCGCCGCAGUGGCGGACUCCAGGCGUCUUUGACGCUCGAGAACGAACAACAAAGAGCGCUCUUGGACUGGCCGGUUAGACUUGGCCUGCGCGCUCAGUCUCGCAGUCGCGUUACAGUCUCGUACGAAGCUCGACGAAAAGCCGGCCACCAAAAUGACGUCGAUCGUCGACCAGAUGUACGAGCGCAUGAAGGACGACACCGAGCAGAUGGAGGAGAGUCUGCCCCAGGGCACCAGCGCCAUACGCCGAUACUUUGCUGGCAAGACCAUUUUCUUCACCGGGGCCACCGGCUUCAUGGGUAAAUGCUUCGUCGAGAAAGUUCUCCGAGACAUACCGGAGCUUAAAAAGCUCUACGUGCUUGUCAGGCAGAAAAAGGGCGUCCCGCCCGAGGAGAAAAUGAAGAAAUACUUUCAAAAUAUUAUAUUCGACCGGGUGAGGAAGAUGCGGCCAAACUUCGAGGAGAAGGUGGUGACGAUAAGGGGCGACUUGCAGGCGGCCGAGCUCGGGCUGUCGGACGAGGACCGGCGCUUGCUCAUCGACGAGGUGGACCUGUGGGUGCACAACGGCGCGACGACCAAGUUCGACGAGCUCAUCAGCGUGGCCCUGAAGAUCAACGUGCUGGCGACCAAGUCGAUGCUCGACCUGGCGCUGGCCGGCAAGCGCACCCAGUCCUUCAUGUACGUCUCGACGGCUUACUCGCACUGCUACAACCAGGACAUCGAGGAGAAGUUCUACCAGGCGCCGACCGACAUGGACUCGGUCUACGAGCUGAUCAAGGCCGACGAGGCGAGCCCCAACGGACUGCCCGAGCACGUGAUGAAGCUCAAGCUCGGCAAGUGGCCCAACAGCUACUGCUUCACCAAGUCCCUGGCCGAGGACCUGGUCAGGCAGUACGGCGAGACGGCCCCGUUCCCCUGCGCCAUUUACAGACCGAGCAUCGUGACUUGCUCGCUGAAAGAGCCCCUCGACGGCUGGGUGGGCAACGUCAACGGGCCGGCCUACAUCUUCAUGGGCACGGGUCUGGGCGCCGUGCACGUCACCUACUACCUGGGCUACCCGAUGGACUUGAUACCCGCCGAUCUGGCCAAUAACGCCCUCAUAGCCUCGAUCUACGAUCUGCCCGAGAGAUGGAAAACGGAAAGGCGCGGACUCGUCUACAACUUUGGUAGCAGCACGACGAAUCCGACCUACCUCGACACUUUGAGCGUUUAUCUGAUGGAAGAGGCGCCCAAGAUCGGCUCGAUGAAAAUGCUCUGGUACCCGUUCAUGUUUUUCGUCGACAAAAAGUGGCUCUUCUGGAUCGGACACGCCUUUCUGCACUUCUUGCCGGCCUUGUUUGCCGAUCUGGCGCUCUUGAUAAUGGGCAAAAAGCCGAGGGCCUUGUCGCUGUUCUGGUUCGGCACCAAGCAUCUGAGCAAGGUGUUUUACUUCGUCAACGGCAACUGGCGCAUCCACAUGUCCAACACGUUGAAGCUCCACGACAGGCUCAGCCCCAUGGACAAAAAGAUCUUCUACUUCGACAUCCAGAAUCUCGACUGGUACAGCUACUGCAUUAGAUACAUACGCGGCGUACGUGUACAUAUCUUGAAGGAGCCUCUGGAUAAUGUUGAAAAGGCUGUCAAGUCUUAUCGAUUCUUGAAGAGAGCUCACUACACCACUAUGGCCGUCUUAUUUUCUCUCCUACUUUAUUUCGUUCUCUUACCUUUACUCUCCCGAAUUUUAUCAAUCUUCUUUUAAGUUAUAAUAUAAUAAACGUACUUUAUAUAGUCGCCGAUUA